GAAAUCAUGUGACUGAUGACUAAGUUCAAUCUUUUCUACUGACUGCAAGGGGAGAGUCCGACGAUUUAGUUACUGACUGCAUUUUUUAAGUUUUGGAGAUAUUAAAUCAUGUUACCAUUUAUGCUCUUGUCCACCCUGUUUUCUUCCACAUUUACUGACCCGGUGGAGCAACACUGGAUCUGCAACUCCUCUGAUGUGAGUGUUUGGUAUACCUACUGUGAUAACAUGAGAUUGCCUAUUUCAAUAAAUGUUACUCCCUGUUUAGAAUUGAAGGGAAGCCAUGGAUAUUUGCUUAUUUCAUACAUUCCAAGAAGAGACAUGAAAAAUUUAUAUUUCAAUCUGUAUUUAUCUCAUAAAUCCUUGAUUUUUCCAAUGCGCAAAGAAGUUAUUUGUCGAGAAUCUGAUGCCCAGUAUUCUUUUUGCAGAGCUCUGAAGGGAGAGACUGUGAAUACAAGCAUAUAUUUCUCCUUCAAGGGAAUACGAUUCUCUAAGGGACUGUACAGAUUUGUUGUAGAAGCCAUCACCGGGAUUACUGAAGAAUUGCUCUUUUGUUUGAAUUUUACCAUCAUAUACAGCCCUAAUUUCAAUUAGAAUAAAUCUAGUAUAUUUUUA